AUGCCAAAAGGAAAUCGAGAAACACAGAUACGGAUACAAAGUAUCGGGGUGGUGAAAAGCGGAGGGGGUGGGCGGACGCAACAAAUAGAGGAACAAACGCUAGAAGCAGAACUGAGGCAGCACAAGUGCCGCAGUAAGACUCCGCAAGGAGAUGCACAGCGCAACAAAGGGUUGAGGGGAAACUUCAAUGCAGACAACUUAACUGAAGCACACAUCCUUCGCAUUCGCCUGCCCCACACUUCUUCAAUUUGCCCUCAAACCCCGGCCUUGUCGCUCAAAAUUCACAAAGAGCUUCUUGCUGAUGUGGAGAACGAGUACGCCACCGAUGUUUUCACGUCGCAGCUCGUGGAAUGGCUCGGAGGAGCCGUUCGAAUUGAAGUCAACCCACAUUUCGCCAGAACCGUGACGUACGGUGGUAUCGGAGACGUCGGGAAUGAUUCAAGAACGUCACUGGACGAUUUGGCAACAGAACAUCCACAGCCUGAGGGUGCGCGGCACAUCGCCAGCUACUUUCUCUCCACGUAUGGGGAACAUUAUUUCGCGAUGAUUGUAGAUGAGGGAGCCAUACAGUUUGAAGCGUUCGGCAUUGAAGCUGCUGCACUGAGAAGGGCUAUAUCGACCAUUGGCUUGCUGGCUUUAGCUGUUGUUCACCCGGAAGAAAAUCCCGAACCAGCACAUUUAACUCGGACUUUCCCUGUGUACGCGCUCUUUCAAUGCCAGACGGAGCAUUCGCCUAUUGAAGGAAGGCACUCGAGAGAGUCUCCACAGCGAUGUAGCUCUCAAGAGCUUAUUUUUGCCUCAGAGUUGGGUGAUUUGAGCCGACUUUUGUUGCGCACAACACAGGCCGUCAACGUUAUCGGAGGAGGCGUGAAGGUCAAUGCGUUGCCGGAACUCCCAUCAAUCAUCGCACCACCCCAGACAGGCUUGUCUGAUCCAAACUGGGACAGGCCAGGCUUUCACAUUCUGAAUCAUUGGUGCCUCAUCGGCAUUGAGGAUCAGAUAAGUAAAGAAUUUGGCCCCGCUUGCUGA